AUGGUUGUCACUGCUCAACCAACAGUGUAUGCAGAGAUCUUAACACCAGCGGCUGAUCGUAAGGAGGGCGGGCAGGUUGAUAUGAGGUGUACCGCUACAAACCUCGAAACGGAUCAUGUCGUGGAAUGGAGGACUGAUGACCCAUACACGACCCUGAGAUGGGGUGAGACCACUUAUCAAAACGUGAAUGGACGAUUCAUCUUCGAUACAUCGGGGGUGAAUACUCAAACAGUUGUUCAAGACUUUACCAUCACCAAUGUGCAGAGGGCCGAUACUGAUGAAUAUGUGUGUAAUGUCAUUUACCCAAUACCGACUGGAGGCAACACCAUCGUAGCCACAUCCAAUGUAACACUUUCAGUGUUGUACUUCCCCAAUGCGUCCUUCCCUAUGUGCUCUCCUGCUGGACCCAUUACAGUAGACGCUGGGACAGAGUUCUAUAUGAGGUGUUCAUCUGAGAGCAGUCACGGAACAGUCACAAUGACAAUCAAUCCCACUAUACAGACUUCUAGAUCCACCAACUGGACAUCAGUAAUCAACGAUGAUAGCGAUACAGUCGUAAGGACAUUAGAUUUGACAGUGGAUGGUGCUGAUAAUGGUGUUGCAUUCGAAUGCUUCAUAUCAUCAAUGUAUUUCGCUGGUAUGAAACGUACUUGUCAAAUCGGACCAAUUACAGUGAGGAACAGCGUGACAAUACCCACGACAGAACCCACAACAUCAUCCACGUCAACAUUAUCUACAGCAGGAUCAACGAGACCUUCGACUGGAAAUCCUACUCCAACUACAGAGAACGAGGUUACUUCAACCUCGUCAACUGUGUCUAGCCCAAGCUCGCCUGGUGCGGCCCCAUCUUCAACUCCAUGGAUUGUAGCUUUCAUUGUUGUCUUAAUCCUCGCUGUUACAUUCUUUGUCAUAAUCAUCAUUCUCAUCCUUCGUGACGUCAGAAAGAACCGUCUGAUAAAAAGACCCACCUCUGAGAAAGAACCUCAAGUCACCCAACCUGAUCCCUACAUGGAGCUGCAGCCAACGGAGGACAAGAAUCGCGUCUACAUGGAACCCACUACGACUAAAGAAACAAUUCCAAAUCAAGAUACCUACUACCAACCAGUUGAAGUAGAGAAUGGCAGCCCUGAGUACGACUACGCUCGUCCAGAGGGCAGCACCAACACCUACUAUGAAGCGGUCAGAGUGCCAGCUGAGAAGCAGUAUCAGAACAUUACCAAUUAG